ACGACAUCCGCAACUCUCAGUCACAACGUCCGCAACGUCCUGUCUUGCUCUAUGGAAACGUGAUGCCUGUCUUUGUAUGAGCGCAUUCUCAAUUCCGAUCAUCCAUCGUCGCGCGCACCUCCAUGUCAGGUCAAGAGACCUCUCCACAGUCUCCCCCCGCCAAUACACCUAAGCAUCGACGACCCUGGACAUCAACCGAGGAUGCGACUCUGAGGACUCUUGUUGGGCACUUUGGUGCUAGUAGGGGGUCUGAGGGUAGAUGGAAAGACAUAGCAUCUGGCCUGGAGGGCCGGACGGCAAAGGAUUGUCGAAAAAGAUGGCUUCACUCACUGGACCCGUCGUUGCGCAAGGGUCGAUGGACAUCUCAAGAGGAUGAAAUCUUACUCUCGGCUUAUGCUCGACUUGGACCGCUUUGGAAUGAAAUUGCGCUUCUCAUCCCUGGACGGAAGGACGACCAAUGUUCUAAGAGAUACAAUGAUAUCUUGAACCCAUCCGCCAAAAACCGUUUAAGCGACUGGACUGCCGAGGAAGAUAACCUUCUACGCCAAGGUGUAGCAGCGUUGGGUCAUCGAUGGGUCGCCAUCUCAUCACGAAUACCUGGAAGACCUCCCCUCACCUGUCGUAAUCGAUGGCGUACGCUCUCACGACUGUCGCAUAACCGACAGAGCAGAUCUCAAGGCACUACCCCGUCAUCCUCAUCUCAGAUGUCCCCAUUCGACAAUGGGAUAUCACCGGCGGCUCAUAAUCCAAAUCUCGGCAUUGAGAACAAUGGAACCACGACUGACUUGAUGCACUUUCCAAUGGAUACCGAUAUCGGCCACGAUCAAAUGGGAUCCAGCUUUCUCGACUCAGCCUUUUUCGACACCUUCACAGGCCCUUCCCCAUCGCCAUUAAGAGAAUCCGAUCCAAGUGAUGAAACAGAAACGCCGAAUGACGUAUCUGCCCCAGGUGCCGCCCCAGCAAAUACCACACCUGUUCCCGAUCUUUCCUCAAAUAUCGCGAGCCAGACACAGAGUGACCCCAAACCAUGGCCUCAGCCUCCGAAACCGCCCCAAGCGCAGCAACAUCAAAAUACCACGAACGCAUCCUUCAUGCCAUCGCCUUCUACUUGGUCAUCAUUGGGUACAAUGUUGCCACCUGGGACUUCUCCCACGGAUCAGAAUAUGUGGCUAGGAAUGACUGGCAACCCUCCAACCCCGAAGAACUGGACGGCCCCAGGACCAACAAAUGAAUCGAACCCAUUGCCCCAGUCAUUUGCCGAACAGUUUCAAGUACCAGCAGUAUCAGCGUCUACUCAGCAGACGAUUCACCACCACCAUCAUCACCAUGUCCAUCAUCAUUUUCACCACUAUCACCAUUACCCAGGCAAUGGAGAUCAAUGGCGACAACUGGAGCAGCAAUCAGAAGCCGAGGCGAUGCAAGCACAUUUGCAAAACGAGAAUGGACCUCAAAACCCAGGUGUGUCCCUAUAUGACAACCCAAGUUACGAGGCGUUAUCCUACUCCUGGGGCGAUCCGUAUAUAUGUCACAUCAUUGAAGUCGAUGGCCAACAAGCUACGGUCACUGACAACCUGUAUAAUGCACUUCGGCGGGUGCGAUUCGUCGACCAAACGCGGCAUAUUUGGGCAAAUGCGCUUUGUAUCAACCAAGCCGAUACGGCUGAAAGGACUCAUCAGGUUGGACUGAUGAGAAACAUUUAUUCAUCCACGACAGAAGGCGUAUUGUGGCUUGGGGAAUUUUCUGGCGACGGCGACACCGGCGCAAAUCACAUUUCACAGGAGACUGCUGCAGUAGCAUUUGAAUUAGUCAGAUCAUUGGCUGCCGACCAACACUGGAAUUCCCAAGAGCAUGCACAGUCGAUGGUCAGAGAAGAAUCAGAUGCCCUCGCUGCUCUGCUGGAUCUUUCGUGGUGGCAGCGAGCAUGGACCGUGUAA